CAUUUUGGCUAUCAGUUUUGUUUGUUUGUUGUGAGAGUGCAGAAGUUACGGAUUAAGACGGAGGAAAUCAGUUGCCACCGAAAUCAAACAGCGCCAUGGACAUGUCCAUGCAGGGUAAAGGCCAUAUGUCCGAAGAGGAGGAUGACCUGGAACUGCUCAGAAUGGCAGCUCUGCAAACGCUCAAGAAACCAGAGAAAGCUGACAAUCAUCACCAUGGCAGAGGUGGUAAGUCAGCGCUUCAGAUGCCGUACAGCCACAACAAGUUUGGCAAUGCAAAGAGGAUGUGGGGUUUCCAUCAUUCAGGACCAGGUCGGGGCGCCAGAAAUGGUCAAUUCAAUGGGAGAGUUAGGAGCACCAACCUGAUUGCGAUACAGACGGCGCCGGAGCAGCCCCAGGAGAAAGUCAUGGAAAUCCCCAAGUUGACGUUGCCCCAAGACAGGUAUUGCAAUAACAACACAGUGAAGGGGGAGACUAAAGAGGAGAAGAGCAAAUUCAAUCGAUACGACAAGUCUGACAAUGACUCGGAUAGUGAGGAUGAGCAGUUGGAGAAUGAAAAAUCAGAUGGUGACACGAGUCCUGGCAAAUUGAAAAGGGCCAACAGCUUGGAGGCUCUGAUGCAGGAGCUUGAGUAUGAGAUAUCUGGGGAGAAAGUCCCGAAAGUCACAAAAGCUAAGCCUAAAAAGGUUAAGGUCAAGAGGCAAAAUUCUGAAAGCGAAGAUGUUAAAGUUGAAGAGAAAACUGUUGUUAAAGAGGAAGUGAUUGUUAAGGAGGAACCACCAGUGAAAAAAGAUGAGGAAAUAAAAUCGCCCAUCGCAAAUAGAAAGACUUCGCCGAUUAAGGAGCAACCGGUGAGGAAGGACUUUUAUUCUAAUAAAAUGCAUUACGUUAAGAACGUGAGGCCGUACACGCAGCCACCUCUGAUCGUUAAUAAUCCGGUGCCUGUGUUGUUUCAUCCGUUAAUACCGCCGCCAAAUUUCCCGCAGAGGCCUUUAUCUCCGCUCAACAUAAACACCGGUUUAAGUACGAUCACUAUGGCGCCGCUGUCGCCGAGAAGUGCGGCGUUCGUGAUGCAGAACAGGGAGAUAAUUGAGAGGCGGAAGAAGUCGCCGAGACGAUCGUUUUCGCGCUCUCCAUCGCCGACACAGAGGCCCGUUAUCAGGAAAUCGAGGAGUCCAUCGCCGAGGAGGUAUCCUCGAUCAGCAUCUCCAAAGAGAGUAUCGCCUGUAAGACGCGCAGCGCCGAGAAGAGUGACUUCUCCCCGACGCAGAAACUCUACCGAGAGGAAGGUUUCACCGAAAGCAUCGCGCAAAUCUCCGCCCAAAUUAUCUGUGCGCGAUCGUUUGGGUACGAGGAAGGAGGAGGAGGCGACGCCGGCGGCAGCACCCGUCGUUAAAAGGAAACGCACUCCAACGCCUGAACCACCAGCAUCUCAGAGCGACGAUCCCGUUUUGGAGGCGAGAAAGAAGAAAUUCCAAGACACGAAACCAAUCAAGGAGGGAAUCAUCAGAUUGAAACAGAAAGCGGAUGACUGUGCAGCUGUUGCGUUGGAGGUGCCGACGCCACCCGAAGAGGAAAAUGCGGAGACAGACGAUCUCCUGGAGUUGGACGCUGGCGAUAUGAUGGACGAUAUCUUCUCCGACGAUGAAUCGGAGAAUGAGGACAACGAGGGCAGAUUUAAAUCGGCGACGACGUCGCGACGCAACGUCUCGCUGUUGCCGUUCUCGCAGCUGGUGAACGGACCGAACCGUGAGGCCACGACCAAGUCCAAACCGACGACAACGACGAGGCGUGAACGUCGUCGCGGUGAGAGACGUCGUUCGAAGUCGAGGAGCGGCAAGGAGCGCGGCAGCAGCAAGACGGAGAAGAAGAUGCGCGUGACGUCGCCGAUCGAGAGCAAGAAGAUCGAGAUCAAGAUCAGGAAUCCAGCAAAGUACGAGAGUCGUUCCGAUUCCAAAAGGAAAGUGGCAGUCGAGUCUGAGAACAUUGUGACGACGAAGACGAAAGACGACGAUCGUGAUGAGCAGCAGCAGCAGCCGCACAUCGUUAUCGACGACGAUGAUGAUGUUAAAAAAACUGACGGAGAUCUGAGGGCCCAGUUGAGCAGGAAACGCGCAGAGAGGCAACACCACCACCAUCAUCACCACAAACUCCCGAUGGCCGCCGAGGACGUCCAGUCGCGUUUGCUGCAGAACGCGUUGCAGGGCGCCGUCUACAAGAAGGCCAAGAAGUCGAGGCGGAAAGAGAACGAGAAGGUCUCGUCUUCUCAGGCAACUGCGCCAGCAACCAAAGACAAGCUGCCCAUCCAUAUGCGACUGGGCGUGAGCUCGGGCGGCGACGCGAGUGAUUCGGCCGAGCCGUCGCCACCGAAGAAGAAGAAAAAGAAAUCCAGUAGGAUCUUAGAGCAGGUAUUGUUCAGGAAUGAUUUGGUAAAUAUUUUGAGAUUAAUGAUGAUGUGUGCCUGAUUCGAUUUCACGGUGAAACUAUUGAAACACUAGCACUCCUCACACGCCUCUCCUGACACGCCCUCCUACCCAAUUCUUAACCCGACCCGAAUUGUACAAAGUGCCGUGUUUAACUGUGAUAAUUUUUUAUAUAUGCGUAUUCAGUAUUUGUUAUUUGCAAAAAACUAUUUAAUGUGAUUCAUUUUAUGGCGGAGCGAAUGAUGCGAAUUCGGGUGUGAAUGUCAGUAUUUUACAUUUGAUUUGAUUUACCUAUUAUUAGCUGCAUGCCGUUAUCUAUCUUACUUAAUACCUAUAUUUACAUUUAGUCAGUACUUAAUUACUUCAAACAUUUAAUUAAUAACAACCACACGCAGAUUGUUCCCCCAUAACCACGAAUACUAUCUAUAUAUAUAUUAGCCGCCCUCCGCAACGAAACUUACGAUUUGUAGCACAUUUAUACUUAGUUGUGGUUCUGGAAAAUGUGUACUUAUGCGCUAGUCAUGUAACGAACGAAAAUGCCUUGAAAAGUAACCAAAAAAUGAAUGAAAGAAAGAAAAUUCACCAAAAACUAAUCUAUACAGCUGUGAUAUCAUAUU